AAAUGAAAUAUCAAAAAGUUCCCCUCACUUUUAAUGCCAAGCAAGCGAUUUAGAACUGAACACCAAGGCACGCGUUAAAGUAAACAUGGAGAUGUUACACUCGUCGAUACAAACACACGCCAUCUCUUCACGCACGCGCUUUAUCAAUUCUUCUUUAUAACCAGCCGACUCGUUCUAUCCUGUACCGACACACAUAAAAAAAGCUUUUGUUCUCCUUUUUCUUAUCUUCAAUACGCCUAUUCUCUCUUUCUCAUCCUUUUCUUCGAAGAUUAGCUUUCCUUCACUUUUGAUUCAAGAGUACAUUUUACAUUCAUUGCUUCUCAUUCCUUUUAUUUAUAUAAGCCUUUUACGAGAGCAAUAUUAAAGAAAAAAGAAAAGAAAAAAAAUCAUGACAAAAUCCGCUGCUACUCAACACAUGAGCCAAAUCCAGAGCCAUCUUCAGGUUGCUCCGUGCGCUGCUCAGGAGGAGUCGAGAAUAAAGACCCCGAUCGAGUCUAUGGCAGAGGAGAGAGAAAAGGCAACCUUCAAUGUGAGGGAAUUGACUUAUUACUUGGAUGGCGGGGAAAAGUUCACCAAGGUUCGUGAAAAGUUUAUGAUGGAACUGGAGCGGGACCCCACAUUCCGGAUGUACGACAUGUAUGACGUUACCAAGGAUCAGAUUAGAGAGCGCACAAUGGAAAAAUUUCGCACGAUUGUGCACUAUGUCUCGGCAGAGCCCGUCCCCAUCUUCACAUUGCGAAUGCAAACCAUUUCUUUGAUUGACCCUGGAUUUUGGACCCGCUUUGGAGUGCAUUAUGGCUUGUUUUUUGGCGCUCUUCGCGGGUCUGCUACUUCGGCCCAGUUUUCACACUGGGUCUCCAAGGGUGCCCUGGCCUUGAAUGGAAUGGUUGGAUGCUUUGCCAUGACUGAGCUAGGUCAUGGCUCCAAUGUGGCUGGACUGGAAACCACAGCAACCUUCGAUGAAACCUCGGAUCAAUUCAUCAUCCAUACUCCUACUAUCACAGCAACCAAGUGGUGGAUCGGAGGUGCAGCUCAUACGGCUACACACUGCGUAGUUUUUGCUCAGCUCAUUGUGCGUGGCAAACGUUAUGGUACAAAGUCCUUCGUGGUCCAGCUGCGUGACACUCACACCUACGGACUCAUGCCUGGAGUCAAUAUUGGAGAUAUCGGGAAGAAGAUGGGCCGCGAUGGCAUCGACAAUGGCUGGAUUCAGUUCACAAAUGUUCGCAUCCCUCGCACAAACAUGUUGAUGAAGCACACUAAGGUCUCCCGUGCCGGCGAGGUGAAGGAACCUCCAAUGGCUCAGUUAACAUACGGGGCCCUGAUCCAAGGCCGUGUGGCUAUGGUGGUAGACUCUGGAAAUAUUGCCAAGAAGGCUAUUACUAUUGCUGGCCGCUAUGCUGCAGUUCGUCGUCAGUUCACUUCUAAUCCGCAUGAUGUUCAGGAAACAAAGCUGAUUGACUAUGCUAUCCACCAGUACCGUUUGAUGCCUCUCUUGGCUCAAGCUUAUGCUUUCCACUUUACAGGUGUUGAAACCAACAAGCUGUAUGAAGACCUAAUGGAUCAGCUUGAAUCGACUCAACCUGACGAUCCCACCAUGAACCAAGUCCUAGACACACUCAAGGAGACGCAUGCUACCUCAGCAGGUUUAAAAGCCUUCUGUACCUGGGGCACAUUAAACGCAAUCGAGGCGUGCCGCCAGUCCCUUGGUGGCCACGGAUACUCUGCUUACACAGGGCUCGCGACAACAUACAAUGAUUUCGCUGUGCACUGUACAUGGGAGGGAGACAACACUAUAUUGACUCUCCAAUUGGGUCGUUACCUAGUCAACUGCUACCGCGAGGUGAUCACAGGCAAGACCCAACCUGAUGGAGUCAGUUAUCUUAACCAUCUGGACACUCUCCUUAACCAAGGAUGCGCAGUCAAGACCAACGAAGAGAUUCUGGACUUUGACAUUAUCCAGCAGGCCUGGGGCGUUGUGUCGGCCAAUGUGGUCAAGAAGGCUGGAGAAGAUUUUGAUGCGUGCUUGAAGCAAGGUUUGAGUCCCGAGGCUGCUUAUGAAGAAUGCUCUCAAGCACGUCUUGCAGCGGCCAAGAUUCAUUCUUUUGGCUAUGUCUUCCGUCGCUUUACACAGGCUGUCAGGAAUGCGCCUGAAGGUCUUCGCCCUAUUCUCACGAAGGUUUGCCUGCUGUACGGUCUGUACUCAAUUGAGCAGAACGCUGGAUUUUUCUUGCAAUACCGUUACUUUACUCCUUCGCAAAUGGACUAUGUUCGAGCUCAGGUGAACGCCUUUUGCCGAGCGGUUCGGCAGGAAUAUAUUCCUUUGAUUGAUGCAUUCAAUUACUCUGAUUACAUGAUUAACUCUCCUUUGGGAGUCUAUGAUGGCAAUGUUUAUGAGAAAUAUUUUGACCAGGUUAAGCGCCAGAACCCUGUUGGCCAGCCCCAUCCUUAUCUCCCUUUGAUUCAAUCUCUCCUCCGGCGCGAUAUUGAGGACGAUGAGCCAUUGGAGGAUGAUGAUGAUGAUGAUGAGUAAAGUAUAGGAAAUAAGUCAUCAAUGCUUCUCGCUAUUAUACCAAAAACUUAG